UGUAAAGCGCUUCGAACUUUUGAGCCUUUGCAGCCUCGUUGACGCUUCUUCUUUAAACCCCACGACGGGUCAUUCUUCUACGUGCAGGAAACGACCAGACGGAAUGCCUCCGCCGUCCUCGCCGCAGCUCAGUUCAUGUUAGGCCAGGAAGAUGGCCUCGAAGGCUAUAGUUCUAUCGAGCUGAUGCACGACCACCCUCGUCUGCUCGAAAUGGUGAGCGAAGGCGCUGACGUCACCAAGGCCGACGCCAAGGAGAUGAUCAGCAGCGCCCUGCUUCGUGUUCGCCUCUUGAGCCUCGACGAGUUUAUGAGAAUGACCGGCGUCGUCCAGGAGACGGUGGAGUGCCUUGCUGAUCCUGGUGCCAGGCGUCAGCUCUCUGACUUGAACCUCGAUUGCUGGCUACACAUCCGCCGCUUCCUGAAGAUAGCGGACGUUCUGCAGCCUCGAGCCGAUCUGUGUGAAAAAUGCUGGAAGUCACCGUCUGCAGAGCAGAGCUUUCAAGCGUUGGAAUAGAAGACAGGGCAUGUCCCUAUG